CUACCCAAGUUGCUCCUCAAGAGGGAGCGACGAGCAACCCUUAAAUGGCCAUUUUCUUUUAGGAAUUUAUGGCGGAGAUGAGACGCCAAGCGUCUCCUGCCAUAAGUGUGCCACCUCCAUCCUCAGUGAUUCCCACCUCGGCAGCCCUUGCUCCUAUUUCUCCUGUUCCUAUCUUUUCUACUCCUGCUGUGCCUAGCUGGAAGAUUUAUACCAAAUUCCAAAAGGUGGUAACUAGGAGAUUUGAUGGUAUAGCGGGUUUUGAGCAAGUAGGGUCAUGGUUUACCGAGGUGGAAAGGGGAUUCCGCCUAUUGAAGGUUUUUGAUGAUCUUAAGGUGGAUGUGGGCAGCUAUAUGCAUACAGGUGAUGCAUUAACUUGGUGGGAGGCUUAUUUGAAGCUACACCAAGGAGAGCCUGAAUUAAGCACCUGGGAUGGGUUUAAAUGGGUGUUCAUGCAAGAGUUUGUACCUGACAGCAAAAGAUGGGAACUGCAAAGAGAAUUUGCAGAUCUAAAACAAGGGUCACGUACUGUUGAGCAGUACAAGAAGAAGUUUGACCGCUAUCUAUCUUUUGUGGGUGGUCAAGUCAGGGAUGAGCAAUCUAAAGCUGAUAGAUUUUUAUGGGGCUUGAAUCUUGACAUUUACCUGGCGGUGAAUCAAUUCAAACCUACCACUUACAAAGAGGCAACGGACAGAGCCAUAGAUCAGGAGAAGGCUAUGGCUAGGGUCAAGACACAAGAUCCACAAAAAGUUGGGUCAUCCUUUAAGAAGAGGAAAUUUGAUGAGAGUCGUAGACCCUCAAUCUUUGCACCGCCUAGGUCUGAUACCGACGAGGCUUCUAAAGAGCUAAGGGUUGCCAAGACCGUGGGUCAAGCAUUAGCAGCCCGACGCACUCAACGCACUCAACCUGCCCCACCUAUUUGCCACACUUGUGGAAGAGUGGGCCACAGUCGCGACCAAUGUCGCGUUUUUACUCAGGCUUGCUUCAGAUGUGGAAACCAAGGACAUCAGGUUGCAAAUUGCCCACAGUUGGACCCUAGAGCUCAGAGUACUCAAACUGUAUCUCCACAAGGAUCGGCUGACCCCUUAUUUUCCUAUUUCUUUUCUUUCUUUCUUCUUUCCCCGCGCGUCCUACUCUUCCUCUUCCCCCGACCCUCUGCAACCUCGACAAGCCCCAGCUACCGCCACCCCUUUUUCCGGCCGGGAACACCGGUAAAACUUGGAGAAUUCUCCUCCUUUUCUUUUGAGCAUGCCCACAUGAAAUUGUUUUUCCUUUUGCACUGAGUAGAGCAUGCUUAUUUGGAAUUGACUGAACUGCUCUGAUGAACUAAGAAUUUUGGUAAAUUCUGAGUUUUCUGUUAAAUCCAUGUUCACAUGGAAUUUUUUGGUUAUUUAUGAAAUUUGAGAUUGAUUGUGAAUUUCGGGUUUUUCUGUAAAUCCUACAUGGUUUUAUCUCUGAUAUGGUCAUGCUUACUAUGCUCGCUAGUGGGAGGUUUAUAAACGCUAGCAUAUGUCGACACGUUUUCUGAUAUGACCGGUCCAUUCUAUAAUCCUGCUAAUGGGAUAAUACAUUAGUUAUUACUGUCGCCUGUCAGUGGGAGUUGUUAAACACUGGUACUACUACUGUGCCCGCUAGUGGGAGGUUUAUAACGUUGGCCGUGACCUAUAGAUGAGACUACUGAUGAGUUUUAUUAUGCAUGAAGGGUUUAUCAUUGAAAGUUUGUUAUGUAAACUGUUUAUCUGACAUGCUUAAAAUUUUUAUCAAGGGCUAUCCAUAUUUUACUUACUGAGAUGUUUUAUCUCACCUCGUUUUCCUUGUCCACCAUUUCAGGUAGUGAUACCCGACACAUAGGGAGCCGGUGGAGUGACGAGCUAGACAACUAGACAUUAUUUUGGAUUUAGAUCUUUUGGAGUUAGGCCGCUAGUCUCACAUGGCUGAUAGAAAUAACCAUUUUUUUGUACAGAGUUCCCUUGGUUAUAGCCAUAACUAUUUAUAAACUUUUGUGUAUCUGGAAUAGUAAAUUUUUGGUAAUGGA